AAUCACCCUUGCGCAAGGAAAUCUGCGCGGCCAUUCUAAGUACCAUCGGAAAUCAAAGACUGCAAUAAAAAAUUCAAAAACUGAAGGAAGCCAUCAUGUUUUACCAUAAGGUUUACAUGAACCAGAUCCAUUCCAGUUCUCUUCUAUGUCAGCUGGCCUCCAUGUGGAAGAACCAGGUUCUAUGUGAUGCAGUCAUUAAAGCAGGAAACAGUCAAAUUAAAGCGCACAGGGUAGUCUUAGUUGCUGCAUGCCCAAUGCUACAUUCCAUGAAGAAUGCCUCGGUGGGCUCCAAUCUGGAAGUGAGGCUAGCAGCAGACAUUAAAGCAGAUGCCAUCAACACUUUCCUUCAGUACUUAUAUGAGGGCUUCAUGAUGCUGACAGAAGAAAACACCAAAGAUGUGGAAAAGAUUGCAAGGGUCUUGCAGGUGGAAAGUGUUCUGAAGUGUUGUGCAGACUUCUACAAGUGUUUGCAUGCAGGUGAUAAAUAUGAAUACAGUUUCCACGAUAAUGCAGAGUUCAAGCAUGUCAGAGCAUCAGAUCUUCUCAAGGUUCAUGAAAGAAACAAAAGAACCUCUGAGAUACAACCCCCAAGUCCAGGAGUUAAACGGCAAAGAAUUCAAAGCAGGGGUUCCUCAGACUCUUUCAAUGAUUUCGGAGCAAGUGACCCAUGGGAUAGAGUUCCUAGAGAAGGACUCAUGGGAAGCUCCUCAGCAAGAAACACCCAACCAGGGGUCAUUGAGAUCAUGGAAGAUAGUGUGGAAAUAGUGCACUCGGAUAAACCAGAAGACUCCGGAGGGACGCGUCGGGACAAUCCACAAGACAGAAUGUCCAUAUCUGUGGCCAGUCAAAUGAAAGCAAACAAUGAUGUUCAGAUCAUUAAUGCUUCUAGUGGAUCAGAGCCCCCACCUCGUAUCACAGCAAGCAGUUCAGAAUCAUCUAGAUUUUCUUCUCAUCCUUCAUUUUCACAUUCUCAGGGAUCAUCAAGUUUGGGUUUUCGACAUGAUCCUAACUUCGCUAAUCCAAAUAGUGCAUCAGGUAGCAGACUCCCUACAUCUCCUUCAGCUCAUUCUAGAAUGCCAUCUCCAUCAUCAGCUUACCAUCUUCCUCAAAGAACCUCAGCACAUUCACAACCAAAGCCAUUCGCCGCAGGAAAUGCUGCCCAGGCAUCAAAGAGUUACAACAUACCGUCACCAGGGGAACAGUCGCGCUCUUCCCAGGAUCAGUCACGGGUAACGGCAGGAGCAAGCACCUUGUCGUUUUCCUCAUCUUCCUCUUCAUUGGUAGGUCCUCCAUCUUCCUCUCCAUCUACUUCUACACAAGCACCUCAACCAGUGGCUUUAUGGAGGAGUACCAGUUCUGAUGCAGUGGCUACAGGGUCUACAGCAGCCUCCCAGAUGUCCGAGAAGCCAUUGCUGCAUAGGUCAGAAAGUACACCAGCCACUUCUGAUGCAGAUAUUUCAAUAGUUAAAGUGGAAAGUGAGGUGUCAUUUGAUGAACAAUUCCAUGGUGACGACCCUAAUGUCACCUUUGAACCUGACGACCAAUCAGGAGACUGGAACAGAGAAGACACAUCUAAUGAAGAAAGCAAUGCAAGUGAAGACAAGAUGCCCCAGUGGAUGGCCGAUACAAUGAAAGAUAUUGCAGCAGGACAAGGGACUACACAAGAGUAUCGGGGUCUACCUAAUCUCCCUGCAACAUAUAGAAGCAACUUGGGAAGGUCUCCAUCAUUAGAUCCAGUUAACUAUAUAUUUAUUGAACUUGGACAGCCAUUACCAGAAGGCUAUGUACGAUUAGAUGAGGAGGAGAAAGUGUGUGUUCCGUCUGUGUGGCUGAAUCGGACAUUAAGUCAGUGUGUGGGCAAGCCAGCCUUCUUUACACUGAAAAAACUAGUCAAUGGUUUUGUAAAUCCAUGGGAGUGUAAAUAUGGGGGAACCUCAGCCUACAAGAACACACCGCUGGAGCCGGUGUUCAAUGCCUUGUUGUGCUGGAUGCGACAACAACCAGCCCAGUCCCUUGCAGCCUUUGAAAAGUCCCUUCUGACCUCCUACCCUACCAAUCAAUAUGACACUAUGAACGCAGUGGCUAAGUGCCGUGACCCCUUGACCGGCCAGUAUCACGUGGCCAUCUCCGAGGGCCCCGGGUUCGAGAUAAAAUGCUGCCCCCACAAUAUGCAGAUCAUAAGUGCGUUUCUGUGGAAGGUCGGAAGCAGAAUAGGGCGUGAACAGAAAAUCUCUGGGUUGGCAAAGAACGAUAGCGAUGAAAACCUCCACAGAAUUGUACCAACGGAAGGCAAAAAGCAAAAGCGGUGUUUGCUUUCAAACACGACAGAUGACCGACCUUCGCCCUCAGGAGACCCGUCGGGUGGCAGAAGUAAACUUUCCGAGUACAUCGAUAAAUUACACGAACUCCAAACAAAGGCAAUGUACUUUGACAUGAUGCGCAACAGACCUAAAGUAUCGGCUUCUUCUGACCCUGUGGAGGACAUAGAGAGUGCAGACUCGUCCUCAGAGGUCCUCAAAGGACUGGACCUGACCAUAAGGUCCUCCCAACAGAAACACGUGCCGAUCUACAACAAAGACCGGAAGUACACCCCGUGUCUCUACUGCGGGAGGCUGAAGAACCGAACCCGGUCCGGAUGGCGGGUGAACACGUUUUACCGAUGUCUUCAGUGUGACGUUCCCCUGUGUGUAAAUGACCGAAACUGCUUUGUGCUUUAUCAUAAAUACUUUCUGGGUAUGACGAAUGUUGAAAAUCCAGGACGACGUAGAUCACGUGACACAGGUCAAGUGGAAGUGAAAAAGGAAACCAAUGGUUAAUUUGUUGUAUAUGCUGUAAACAUUUUUAAACUUUCUAUUUUACUCAUUCUGCUGUUUAGACCCGGUUUGAUUGAUUAUCCUAUGGGAAAUGUUGGCUACCCGAACGGCAAAUUUUUGUAUGUUGAUAAGUUUGGUGCAUCAUAUAUCACUGAUUCAUUUACAUUCAUAUGUUUAUCUACUGCAGGAUUUAUGCAUUUUUAGAAUCCCGUCUGUAAACUUACCUUUCUAGAAGAAUUCUCACGUGUUUGUUGCCUAUGUAGGAUGAUAGAAAUAUACUGCUUUGUCUUUUGUUAAAAUCAUGAAUAUAUUCCGGUCACCUCUUAUUUUUUGAUUUUUACAUCACGUAUUUGUGGAAUCUUUACCCGAGUGUGUAGAUAUAUAAGGAUUCUAGAUAUUGUUUAUACUUUGGAUUAUUUAUACUUUUUAGCAGUUAUUCACAGAUUUUUAUUACAAAGGAAAUGUUAACCUCAUCAUGUUGCCCUCGCUUUUUAUGGACUAAUGCUACCGAUAAUUUUCAUUUUUGUAUUAGUCGUUAUUUUAUAAUGUUGAUGUAUAACUUUCGUUGGACCUCAGACGCACAAUAUUAUAUUAUUUACGAUUAAAAGAAACAGAAUGGCAGUAUUAAAGAUAUUAAGUCUAUUAGACUUGUAUAAUCUUAAUUUCGAAACCGGUGACAUGCUCUUGAACCUGUCCCAUAUGACGUCAUUAAAUUGCUUUUUAGAGUGUUCGAGGCGUCGUUAGAUUAUUUCAGGAAUUUGUUGUUUUCAGGGAGUGUUUUUGUUGACUUUAAGAAUUGAUAGAAUUGUUAUGUGAAUGUAAAUUUCAACACCAUUUUUUGUUAUUAUAAAUAUUUCGCAUUUGAUGCUAUUUUAUUUAAUGAUUUUUGGAAUACAAAGUUACACCAGCACCAUUUUAUAUUCUUAAUUGAAUACUUGUUAAAAUAAGGUACAUGUGUUUUUAUUGUAAUAUGGAAUACUGAUAUGAACUGUAUAUUCUUGAGCCUCAUGUGUUACUGAAAUAACCAAACAUUUUCUUGUUACAAGUUCCCUCAGCAAAUUGUUUUUAAUUCUUUUUGGUCGGUUUUCAGCCAUGAAUUAUGCAUUACGUAUAAGUGUUUCAUAUCAGUUAAUACAAUACCCUCAGGUCAAAAGCACUGAAGAACCUCAAUAAGGCAUUUUAUUCUACAGGUCAGCAAUUUUGUAUGUUAUGUUUUUGCCAAACAUUAUAUGGAUUGUUAAAUUUUUGCAUAUUUUUAUACUUUGUUGUAUACAACAUAUCUAGAUUUGUUUUCUUUUCAUAUUAUAUCGGACAAUAAAGAUCUUAUAGAGUGAA